GGGUGGGGGCUUUUAGGUCCUGGCAGAUGAUGGAGUGAGUCAUGAAAACAAGCAGAACUGUGCAGGAAUGGCGCUCCUGCAGCAGCCAUAACUCAAGCCGGACGGGCUGUGCCGUCGGUCCAGUCGGCAGACAGUCGGGCCCGCUGUUUUUCUCCAUCCCUCCUCCGCUCAUAUUUAUGCAUUAGGUGUUUCUGCAGGGAGGUGCUGGACGCUUGUGUGUUUUGAGGAGGUGUCCCCACACCUCCCUCCCUUCUCUCCCUCCUCCUCCCUCCCCUCUCCGUCGCCUGAUCCGCGGGAUCUCGGUGCGCUCAGACGCGCUUCAGACCCCAAAGCAACCCCAAUGGCCCUCCAUCAGCGGGACUGCGCUAAGCACAGGAUCUGUAGCCUUUUCUAGCGAAGGCAGGAGCCCGGCUGCAUCCUCUCGGAAUACCGCAUUUUUGGGGGGGUCAAUUUCUAUCUGGAGAGGAGGAGAGCGGAGAUGGUGCUGAUGAUGCGCCGCCGAUGGUGGAUUUCCCUUUUGUAUGUCUGUGGACUGAUGCGCGUCGGUCACCAGAGCAGCUCCGACGGGCGCAAAGGAGGAGCGUCUCUGAGCCCGGAGGACCUACGGGCUGCGAGCAGGUUCGUCGGGAAGGAGGACACGGUUCCUGUCCGCCUGCUCUACAGCAGGAGCAGCCUCCAGCAGGUCCCACACCACGGGCUUAGUACCAGAGUCAAGGCCAGCUCCGGAUCACCGCAGGCAGACCAUGUGGCCCAAGCAAGCUUUCAAGUUGAUGCUUUUGGGAGGAACUUCAUCCUGGAUGUGGAACUCAAUCAUGAGCUGCUGUCGUCGGGGUACGUGGAGAAGCACGUGUCAGACGAGGGGAGGACUGUGGUGUCCAGCGGGGGAGAGCACUGCUACUACCAGGGGAAGGUCAGAGGCGUUCCUCAAUCCUUCGUGGCUCUCUCAACCUGUCAUGGAUUGCAUGGGAUGUUUUCUGACGGCAAUCACACCUACAUGAUAGAGCCGGGAGGACCGGACAACCAUAACGGAGAUGUUCAUCUUCACAAUAUUUACAAAUCUGCAAGACAAGAUGGACUAAAUGAUCUCUUCAGUGGAGAUCUUCCUGAACCAGCUCUCUCAAGCCGUUCCUUUUCUGGGGCAAAAGUUGUUCACUGGAGAAAGAAGAGACAGGCUCCACACUUAUCAAGAAGGGUGGAAGAUGAGACCAAAUACAUUGAACUCAUGGUAAUCAAUGACCAUUUAAUGUUCAAAAAGCAUCGCCUUUCUGUCGGACACACAAACAACAAUGCAAAGACAGUGGUCAAUAUGGCUGAUAUGAUUUUCAGGGAACAGCUCAAUACCCGAAUCGUGCUGGUCGCCAUGGAAACCUGGUCCACCGACAACAAGUUCAACAUCGACGAUGACCCCAUGGUGACGCUGAAGGAGUUCAUGAAAUACAGGAAAGACUUCAUCAAGGAGAAGUGUGACUCCGUUCAUCUUUUCUCAGGGAAUCACUUUCAUAGUAACAGGAUGGGUGCUUCCUACUUGGGAGGAGUUUGUUCUCUAACUAAAGGCGGAGGAAUCAGCGAGUUUGGUAAAACCCACGAGAUGGCCAUUUUCCUGGCUCAGUCUCUUGGACAGAACAUUGGCAUUUUCUCAGACAAGAAGAGGAUCCUCAGUGGCGAGUGUGAGUGCGAUGAUCGAUGGGCAGGCUGCAUCAUGGAUGACAUGGGUUACUACAUGCCGAAUAAAUUCUCCAACUGCAACGUGGAGGAGUACCACAACUUCCUGAACAGCGGUGGAGGAGUGUGUCUGUUCAACAUACCUCUGAAGCUGCUAAAUCCUCCAGAAUGUGGCAACGGCUUCCUGGAACCAGGAGAGGAGUGUGACUGUGGCAGUCCAGCUGAGUGUGCGAGGGAAGGGCAGAACUGCUGCAGGAACUGCACCUUGACUAAAGGCUCCAACUGCAGCAACGGACUCUGCUGCAACAAAUGUCAGAUGGAGCGCAUUGGAGUCGUGUGCCGGGAGGCGGUGAACGAUUGUGACAUCCCAGAAAACUGUUUAGGCAAUUCCAGUCAGUGUCCACCCAAUGUGCACAAGAUGGACGGUUACACAUGUGAAAAAGAUCAGGGUCGAUGCUUUAACGGAAGGUGCAAAACCAAAGACAGACAGUGCAAGUACAUUUGGGGAGAGAAGGCAACAGCGGCUGACAAAUUUUGCUAUGAGAAGCUCAACAUCGAAGGAACCGAGAAAGGGAACUGUGGGAAGGACAAAGACACGUGGAUCCAAUGCAACAAACAGGAUGUUCAUUGUGGCUACCUGCUGUGCUCCAACAUCUCACCUGCUCCACGUUUGGGGGAGCUGCAGGGAGGACUGACAUCUUUCUCUGUCGCUCAGCACAGCGCCUCUCUGGACUGCAGUGGUGCUCACGUGCUGAUCGAUGGAGAUACGGACCUCGGGUAUGUUGAAGACGGGACGGCCUGUGGAACAGACAGCAUCUGUUUCAAUCGCAAGUGUCUACCAGUCCAACAGUUCAACUUCAGCACCUGUCCCGGGACCACCGACAACAGCAUCUGCUCCGGACACGGGUUGUGCAGCAAUGAACUGAAGUGUGUGUGUCACCUGGGCUGGACAGGAGAAGACUGCGGCUCCAUUUCUCCUUUCAGCUACCUCAUAGUGGGACCCGUAGCACCUGUCUCAGGUAUCACCAGCACUAACAUCAUCGUUGGCGCCAUUGCUGGCUCCAUUCUGUUUCUCGGCCUGAUACUGGCAGUUACAGCCUGGUGCUAUAAGAGCUACAAGAAGAGACGCUAUGUUGAGUCUGAGGUUCACAGAAGAUUCUGCAGACAAAUCCCCCCCGGUGACUAUGUCACCAAACCCGGGGAUGCAGAUUCCUUUUACAGUGACAUGCCUCCGGGCAUCAGCACAAACUCGGGCUGCAGCUCCAAGAAGAGGUCAGCCUGUCUGUCUCACCUGCAGAUUUGCACCUUGUCCUUCACAGCCUCCAUCCCAUCCAUUUCUCAGAACAUCUCAGUGUUUGGCUUCAGAUCUAAUGGAUUGUCCCACUCAUGGAGCGAGAGAAUUCCAGAUGCCAAACACAUUUCGGACAUCUGUGAAAACGGACGACCGCGAAGCAACUCCUGGCAAGGAAACCUGAGCGGUAAUCGCAAGAAGCUGAAAGGGAAGAAGUUCCGCGCUCGCUCGAACUCCACAGAGUAUUUAACCCCUCGCUCCAAAACAGAGUUUUAUGAUGUAACUAAAUGGGUAGAAGAUGUCAAUAAAAAUACUCAAGGACCUUUCCUUAGAACAUUAUCUCCUGCCAAGUCCCCUACUUCAUCCACCGGAUCUAUUGCAUCCAGCAGGAGAUACCCGUACCCGAUGCCCCCGCUCCCUGAUGACCAGAGGAAAGCUAACAGGCAGAGUGCCAGGCUGUGGGAAACUUCAAUAUAACAGCUGUCUUUUCUCACCUGCAAAAGCCCUGCAAGAAACACAAGUUUCUCUUCUCCUCUAUGAAUGGAAACCACAAACAUGAAAACCAAAUUAACUUCAGAGAAAGGGAGCCAAACCCCACCAAACAGAAGGCAGACAAAGCUCUGUUUUAAGGCCGUCUUUCCAGACGCCACCUGUAGAGGGCAGUGUGGAGACAAACAAGCGCCACAUCUGCUGCAGAGCAGCUGGAGACCAGACUGAGCUCUUCCUGUCUGCUCAAGCUUAAAAAAUGGGACUGGAGAGCAAAGAAACCACAACUACUUACCCCCAUCUUUUUUCUUGCUCACUUCAAACCCCACUGAGAUGUUCCGGCUCGGAGCAGGCCGCUGCAUCGCCACUGGACAUUUUUUAAACUGCUUUUUUUACGCACGUGAAGCACUGUAUGAAGUCCACCACUAUAUGCACGAGACAACCCUGUUAAUCAGCAAGCUUCUGCUAAUUAGAACAACAGCAGAAUACGAAAAGGAAAGCAUGCAAAGGUGCAGUGAGUUUUCUAGACACUAAAACUAACCCCUAUAACCCACAACAGAGGAGGUGACACAGCCUUUACUCCUGUUUCUUGGUGUGCGUGUGUAAAUAUGUACAGUAAAUGACACACAGAGUACGCUUCUGCUUUUAUUUUGAAGAAAAGAACCUUAGAGGCUACUUUUUCUCAGCUGUUGUAGACAGAAGUGUAGAAGCCCUGCUGUUGUUCUUCUGUCAAGGUUUCUAUUUUUUUAUAUUAUUCCUUUUCUGGUUUCUUUUCUACCUAUAAUUUCUUAAUCAGAGACUUCUUUGGCUUUUUCCAUCAAAAGCAGAAUGUGUGCGUGUUCUUUUAUUUGUGUGAGAAACACAAAAAUGUUCAUUGACGCCAUGAUUCAUGGUUAGUACUCAUUUAGUCAAGUUAGUUAUGCCAUUAUCGGAGUCACCGAGAUGUGUUUGUUGUAGUUUUAGACGUGCCUGGUGUCACAUACGAGUGAAAACUUCCCGUCCGCCAUUGAGACCCUCCUAAUUUGUGUCUGCUUCUUUCCUUUUGUUUUGUCCCCUGGAGCUCACAAAGGGAUGAACAUGGUUGACAGGCAAGCAAAAUCUAAAAUGUUGAAUUGUGCACUCGAUUUAGCUGUGAUGACAGAAAUAUUUAGCCUUGUAAGUAAGUGAUGCUGUACAGUGCUUGCUGUUUGAGCUUGUGAAGAGCUGCGGCAUGACGGUCACGGUGAGGAGGUCAUCUGAGAAACAAGCAUGAGAAGACUUUAGCCCUCAUUUCCUGCUGCGUUUAGGUAAAUCUUGAUGCCCAGACUACUGACGGUCCAAGCGAUUCUCUUGGAAUUCUCAAACUUUGCUGCACCUGUUCCGGUGAAUGUUUCUGUAUAAAGUCUUUGUACGGCUCACUGCUAACAAACUGUUGAGGACUCAAGUUUGUCGUUUUGUUCCAGUGUGGCCACUUUUACCUUUGUCAUUCAUGUAUGCAUCAGGACUGUAUAGACAUCCUCACAGUAUUGGAAUAAUAGUGCUACUAGUUCUCUUUUUUAUUAAGUACCUUUGUAAUGUUCACGUUUUUUCCUGAGCAUUCUGUAAAUCAACUAUUCUAAGUGUAAUUAAGUGCAUUAUUGUAAUUAAGUCUGAGUUUGAAUGGGAACAUGUUAAACACAUUCGUCCUUCAGCAUGUGCUGAUCCGUGUGAUCCGAGGCUUGGAAAUAGGAUCCCCGAGUCACUGGUUUACAACUUUUCCCCCACUCGCCGCUUUUCCCAGCGACUCCAGCGUUAAGGUGAGCAGGAGGCUGGAGGUGUCCCCGGACUACUGUGAGGGACGAAAUGCAGCGUCUUCCUGCACGCGCAGCCGGUCCGACUGAUUCUUUAGGAGCCUCAGUUGCUUACUAGACACAGACCAGUCAUGUGGCUGUCUUUGGCUAAAAACCUGAAUGUAUUUUUGUACAGAUAUUAUCUCCUGCUCUGCCAGACUCCAAAAGGCCCUCUGCUCCUGAAACCAAUUCAAACUCUUUUUGAUUUGUGCGUGUGUGCUUUAGAGACUAUUCAAAAACCAACCCACCUAUUUUUUUUUUCUCUUUUUAUUCAUUCAGUAUUGUAAUAUAUUUAAUAUAAAAAUAAACUUUCAUCAACA